AUGCCUUCAUACGCCAUCGUCGGAGCAUCCCGCGGGAUAGGGCUCGAGUACGUGCGCCAACUCGCGUCUCGCGAAGACUCUCUUGUGUUCGCCAUUGUCCGCAAUGUCAACACCGCUACGCGCCUACAAGCAGCGGUACAAGGAACCAAAAACGUUCAUGUGCUCGAGGCGGACGUCGCGGACUACAAGUCUCUGAGUGAUGCCGCGCAAGUAGCUUCCGCGGUGUCCGGUGGUUUGCUCGACUGCCUCAUCCACAACGCCGCAAGGAUGGAGGAAGACUCGGUCCACAAGAGCUUCGAUUCCUUCGCGACCAUGGAUGAGCUCGAUGCGGACUUCACCGAAUCCUUCAAGGUGAACGCGCUCGGGUCGAUCCACGCCAUCCAAGCGUUCCUCCCUCUCCUCCGCGCGUCGACCACGAAGAAGAUCGUCGUCAUCAGCACGGCCGCCGUGGAUCCCAAGUUCGUGCGCGCGAUCCGCUCGGAUCGCCUCGUCGCGUACGGGAUGACCAAGUCCGCGGCGCUCAUCGCGACGACCAAGUGGGCGGUGAAGCUCGCGGACGAGGGCUUCACCGUUGUAUCGCUCAGCCCGGGCGUGGUCGACGUCUCUUCCUCCAUGGGAGACGGCGAAGCCUGGCUGGCUGAGAUGGCGAGCACAUUCACGGACGCGGGGUUUGCGGACAUGGAGAUGCAGUCUGUGGAUCAGUCUGUACGCGCGCAGCUGAAGGUGAUCGACGGGAUGACGGUAGCGGAUAACGGGAAGUUCCUCGCUCAUACGGGAGCGCAAUGGCCGGGUCUUUGA